UGGGGAGCAGCGACCCAGUGACUGGAGGGGUUCUCACCUGUGUUGUCAGUGAAUCCUGGUUGGCCUCCCAGGCAGUCAGAGCCGCUGAGCCAGCUGCUGACAGGAUUGCCCAGAAAUGGAGACACAGAAGAAGAACAACCAACAGAAGCCUUGUCUGCGUGUGUACCUGCUUAGGUGGAAAACAAGAAAAGGUGCAAAAAAACAAAAAGAAAAAGCGGAGCAAGCACCUCCCAGUCCACGAGAGCUGGCACAAUCUGAACGAGCGAACAAUCCAAAGGAUGAUGUGGACCUGGAAGUGCUGGUGAGUGAUAUGAACGCAUCUCUGGAGAGCCUUUACUCAGCUUGCAACAUGCAGUCCGAUACGGUGCCUCUCCUGCAGAAUGGGCAGCACGCCCGCAGCCAGCCACCAGCCUCGGCCUCAAAGCCUGCCCAGGCACAGGCGUCCCCGAGGCAGAAAGUGCAGCGCUCCCAGCCGGUGCACAUCCUCGCUGUCAGGCGCCUUCAGGAGGAAGACCAGCAGUUCAGAACCUCAUCUCUGCCGGCCAUACCAAAUCCAUUCCCUGAGCUCUGUGGCCCUGGGAGCCCCCCUGUGGUCACAGCAAGUUCCCUGCCUCCGCCGACCCAGGCGCCUACAAAGCAGGACGUUAAAGUCUUUAGUGAAGAUGGAACAAGCAAGGUGGUGGAGAUUCUGACAGAUAUGACGGCCAGGGACCUGUGCCAGCUGCUGGUUUACAAAAGUCACUGCGUGGAUGACAACAGCUGGACACUGGUGGAGCACCACCCCCACCUGGGAUUAGAAAGGUUCCUGGAAGACCAUGAGCUGGUGGUCCAGGUGGAAGGUACCAUGGGAAGUGAGAGUAAAUUCUUAUUCAGGAAGAAUUACGCGAAGUAUGAGUUUUUUAAGAAUCCAGUGAACUUCUUCCCAGAACAGAUGGUUACUUGGUGCCAGCAGUCCAACGGCAGUCAGACCCAGCUUUUGCAGAAUUUUCUGAAUGCCAGCAGCUGUCCUGAAAUUCAAGGGUUUUUGCAUGUGAAAGAGCUGGGAAGAAAAUCUUGGAAAAAGCUAUACGUGUGUUUGCGCAGAUCAGGCCUUUAUUGCUCUACAAAGGGAACUUCAAAGGAGCCCAGACACCUGCAGCUGCUGGCUGACCUGGAGGAAAGCAACAUCUUCUUCCUGAUCGCUGGGAAGAAGCAGUACAGCGCUCCCACGGACCAUGGGCUCUGCAUUAAGCCAAACAAAGUGAAAAAUGAAGCUAAAGAGCUGAGACUGCUCUGUGCCGAGGAUGAGCAAACCAGAAUCUGCUGGAUGACAGCGUUCAGACUCCUCAAGUAUGGAAUGCUCCUCUAUCAGAACUACCGCAUCCCUCAACAGAGAAAAGCCUUGCUGUCUCCCUUUGCUACACCAGUGCGCAGUGUCUCUGAGAACUCCCUCGUGGCAAUGGAUUUUUCUGGGCAAACAGGAAGAGUGAUAGAGAAUCCGGCUGAAGCCCAGAGCGCUGCCCUGGAAGAGGGCCAUGCCUGGCGGAAGAGAAGCAUGAGGAUGAAUAUCCUGGGAAGCCAAAGUCCCCUUCAUCCUUCUACCCUGAGUACAGUGAUUCACAGGACUCAGCAUUGGUUUCAUGGCAGAAUCACCAGAGAGGAAUCACACAGGAUCAUUAAGCAGCAAGGCCUCGUGGAUGGGCUUUUCCUCCUCCGUGACAGUCAGAGUAAUCCAAAGGCAUUUGUACUCACACUGUGUCACCACCAGAAGAUUAAAAACUUCCAGAUCUUACCUUUUGAGGAUGAAGGGCAGACCUUCUUCACUCUGGACGACGGGAACACCAAAUUCUCUGACCUGAUCCAGCUGGUCGACUUCUACCAGCUCAACAAAGGAGUGCUGCCUUGCAAAUUGAAGCACCACUGCAUCCGAGUGGCCUUAUGACCUCACACAUCCUCUCAGCGGAAGAAGGGAGGAAGUGCACACUGGAAGGAAGAAGAGGUCUAAACGAGGGAUGAGAACGUACAUCUUCCGCACCUUGGGACUGAGAGCAACAUGGGUUCGUUUUUUUGGUGCCAGCCAAUCAAGAUCGACUGGUUUGUUGGACUUUGUUAAGAUUUGCUGCUGCAGAUCCAGCCAGAUUGCCUCCUUCUGCAUUGGCCAAAUCAGGGAGGGUGUUGAGAGAUCCAUUACAAUUCUGAGAAUAAACUGGAAUGAUCAUCUUGGCUGGGCCACUUUAGGAACAAGAACCGAAGAGAAAUUGGAAAUGAACUCUUGCCCUGGAAUAAUCUUGACAAUUAAAACUGAUAUGUUUACUUUUUUUGUAUUGAUCACAUUUUUGCACUCCUUUGUUGUCAAUAUUGUAUUCAGCCUAUGGUAGGAGGGGAUGUGGCUUUUCAACUCAAAUGAGACAGAAAAAUUUUUGAAUUGAUGACUUCAGAUUGCAGAUUGGUCCCCAAAGAUAUCUAGAGAUUGCCACAGUGUGGAUUCGGCUCUCAAAUUUAAAAAACCACCCCCAGCCCUUCCCAGUAUACUUGAAAAGCUUUUUUUUUUUUUAAGAAAAACAAAAUUACUAAAAGGUGUCAACUGUGGUCAGCAUUUGGCAUGUUUCGUGGACUCAGUCGAGCUACCACAGUCUGUUAAUCAUUGCUCUCUGCGUAGAUGUCUGAUCCUUUUGUUAGUAGUGUGUCUAGUUCUCCACGGUGCAGGAGACUUUAUUACAUUGGAAACCCCACUAUUCCCCAACACAGCACAGCUGCAUGACUUCGCCUCUAGACUGAUGUAAGACUGCCUUCUUGGGACACACCUGGUACCCAUCCUUUGCUGGCGGUGGAUGCCAAAUAGUCCACCUGGGGUACCCUCAGUCUCACAUUUUUUGCAGCUGUUCUAGAAUGAUCACUGCCUUGAUCAUUCAGACCCUACAGUGGCUUGGGUCAUUUCAUGAUUGAUCUCUCUUGGGGAAUUAAAGGAUCUAAAAAGAACAUGACACCCUGGUGGCUUUUGUGCUGGGUCCUGUGGGUUUCCAUAGUGAUAAAGAMAAGGAACUGCUGCAGAGGGCUCAGGUGCAGGUUGGCAUUUGAAGGUCUUUGCUGGAUGAACCUCUGCAUCCUGCUGAAAACCCCCAUAAGCCAGCAGAUGUGGAGCGGCCAGAGGUGCCUCCUCUGAUGGCUUAAGGGCAGAUGUACCUCACARUGGUUGUGGACAAUGGGGAGUUUUAGCAACCGGACACUUGCUUCCCAUUCAAAAGAGAUGGUCAGAUUGUGGCUUGAGUUGUAACACAGUCCCCUGUAUUCCAUAGCAGACCCCUUGCGUGUCCCCUUUGCUGAUUGUCAGGUGUGAAGGUGGCUAUUUCUUGACGCUUGACCCCGCAACACCAACUAAACUCCCUUGACAAGCAUGCAGACUACUGUGGUGAGCAGAAAGCUUUCUUUUCUAAAACAAUGUCCAACAGGCUCCUUUGAAGCUGUGCUGGCCACUGGAUUGUUCCAGAUGCGACCCAUUGAUGUGUGCUCCCAGAGGAACCGCUUCUCUCUGCCCUUGUGUUGAUGUGUGUAGUUCAGGAAAGAUGUGUGUUGUGCUUCAGUGAGGCAGACCGGCUGGCUGCAAGUCGGUCCGCAGGAUAGAAACAUUGUAUUUUGGUUUAUUCCAUCCAUUUCCAUGAGAUGUCUGCCUUCACAAAUGAAGCAUUUCUUUAGUAGGAUAUGUUUUUUAACCAUAAAUGCUUUUUGUAUUUCUUUCUUUGGCAGCCAGUUAAUCAAAUAAUUGACAGUGAGGUAAUUUCUCAAGUUCUUGCCUAGCAUCAUGCUUUUACUGAUCUCCAUGUUAGAGACGGUUACUUCAGUUCUAUCGUUUUUGUACCUUGUUUCUCUUCACUGGUUUGCGGUAAAAACCUUAAGCAGCAAUUCUAAGAUUUCUUUUUUCUUUUUUUUACGCAGACCAGUCCCCAUUGUGUAUCAUCCCUCUCUUAUGCCUCUCCAUAGACAGCUAGGAUGUGCAGUAUUUCAUAUUUAUAAGUAUGCGUUUUAUUUAAAAGGAGAAAUAAAAGCUUGACUCUGAUUCAUAAUUUUGUAUGUAGCUGGUUUGACGCAGUCUUUUGUACUUCCCCAGCCGAAGUGAAUUGUUGGAGGCUGCUAUAAACCGCCUCGUGCGGCGCAGACUUCCAAAGGCCCUGGCUCUCCCGCCUUUACGCAGGUAGCUGGGAAUUCCAUCUGAAAACAGCAAGUCCCUUGAGUCGUGGGCGUCUAGCCCCCAAGCCAGGGACUGAAGGACAUUUGACUUUUAUUUUUGUAUUUAAUUGACAUGAAUGUAAAGGGGACAGCUCAGGGUUGUUUUGGAGCCUGUUGACUUUUUAAUCUCUGCCUGUGAUUUUCUUUUCUAAAUGAGAACUCCAUGUAGCAACCUGGACUAAGUCGAGAAGGAAAAACGCCAAAUGCUUUGGGUAUUAGAGUUUAAUAGGUAAGCUCUGUUCCAUUAGGUGUUAGAGUUCCAGAAUGUGUUUUUUUCUUUUUGUUUUUUCUUUAUUUUUGUUUGCUAAACCUUGAAUAAACAUGUGCCUCAGCUUAGAUGUUUUGUCUUCUCCUUUCUGCACUUAAUACCUGACAAUUUGACUGAUCCUUGCGCCUUUAUGAGGGCAGGACUAGCUCAUCGUAGAUUUGUGGUGUCAUAGUGCAAAUUGCAGUGACCAUAAAAAUGUCCUGACGUGUGAACGUUUUCAGGGAAUGCAGAAGGUGUUAAUUAAGAGACAAAACCUUUACUCCAUGUGCUUUGCUUCAUUAUGUAUAUAGCUCUUUGGCUCGUGAACCUAAUUGUAAACUUUCAGGUAUUUUUGUACAAAUAAGGGACUGAUGUUCUGGUUCUUGUAAUUAGAAAUAAACAUUAAUACAGUGUUCUUCA